AUGCCUCGCUUCGGCAGCCUCGCCGGCGCCAGAGUCAAUGAAGUCAAAGUCAGCCAGUCCAUCGUCGGCCGCAACAAUGCGAACAAACCUCAUGGAAUCGUGGGCAUGAUCAAGAAUCCCUAUGUCUUCAUGACCUGUGCCUUUGCUUCACUGGGCUGCAUGAUGUACGGGUACGAUCAAGGUGUCAUGGGUCCAAUUCUGGUCAUGGAGAAUUUCCAGGCUCACUUCCCUUCCUUGACCGGCUCGACCAUUCAAGGCUGGCUCGUCUCUGCCUUGGAACUCGGCGCAUGGGCUGGAGCGUUAGUCAGCGGCUACCUGUCCGACCGGAUCUCUCGAAAGUACAGCAUGAUGGUCGCCGUCAUCAUCUUCACUCUCGGCACGGGAUUCCAGGUUGGCGCACAGAAUCCAGCCAUGCUCUUCGCUGGGAGAGUAAUAGGCGGUCUGGGUAUAGGAUCUUUCUCCAUGCUGAUUCCACUCUAUCAAGCUGAGAUAGCACCUCCUGAAUUGAGAGGGUCUCUUGUUUCACUCCAACAACUAUCUAUCACCAUCGGAACAUGCAUCAGUUUCUGGCUCGACUAUGGCAUGCACUUUGUCGGUGGCACUCACUGUGACCCUGAAGGAGUUGCAAACCCCUAUUCGUCCUCCAACGCAUUCCUACCUUACAUUGCUCAUGGCCACACUUGUCUGGGAGAGAAGACGGUUUCGUGGCGGGUGCCGUUGGCUCUUCAGCUGAUCCCGGCAUGGAUCCUCUUCUUUGGGAUGUUCUUUCUGCCGUUUUCCCCGCGCUGGCUGAUGAUGAAGCAUCGCGAAGAUGACUGCGUGGCCGCCCUGUCCCGGUUGAGAAGGCUUGAUCCCUCCGACCCUCUCCUGGUGGCCGAAUUCCUCGAGAUCAAGGCGACCGUUCUGUUCGAUGAAGAGACCGAGGCUGAAAUGAAGGGAAGCGGUGGCGUACUAGCUCCGUGGAAAGCACUAUUCGCACCAAAUAUGUUCAAGCGGUUGAGCAUUGGAUGUUGGAUUAUGAUGUACGUCCCUCCUCUCGCUCAGGUUUCCGCACCCAUGCUAACUCUUAGCGUCAGCUUCCAACAGUUCACAGGUAUCAAUGCCGUCUUGUACUAUGCACCACAGAUCUUCGCAAGCUUCGGCUUCAGCUCAGUCACCACCAACCUGCUGGCCACUGGUGUAACCGGGAUCCUGCAAAUUAUCUUCACGCUGCCAUCCGUGUUUUUCCUCGACAACUUUGGCCGGAAGACAUUCUUGAUCGUCGGGGCGAUUGGUAUGUGCAUCUGCCACAUCGUCGUCGCAUCGGUGGAUGGAGUGUACGAGGACAAGUGGGCUCUGGGACAAGGUCUGGCCAAAACCCCCGGAUGGGUUUCCAUCGCCUUCAUCUGGCUUUUUGCCGUCAACUUUGCCUAUUCAUGGGGUCCGGUCGCGUGGGUGCUCACUCAAGAGCUGUUCCCCAACAGCAUGCGGUCGCGAGGUGUUUCUAUUGUGGCGUCGACGAACUGGAUGUUCAACUUCAUCAUCGGCCUGACGACCCGCGACAUGAUCAACUCGAUGAAGUUUGGCACUUACAUCUUCUUUGCCUUCUUCUCUGGCGCAGGCGGUAUCUUCGUCUGGUUCCUUUGCCCAGAAACCAAGAACAAGACCCUCGAGGAGCUCGAUGUUUUCUUCGGCGGCUCCAUCGAGAGCGUCGCCCAGGCGGAUCGAGAACGAAUGCAACGUAUCAACGAGCGACUUGGAAUCACCGGGGCCGAACACCCCAAUGAUCUCGUGGGACGUACAGCAUCGGUCGGUCAAGAGAAGGGAAUACCAGUGGCAGCAGAGGCAGAACAUGACUUCAAGGCAUAA